GGAGUAAUCGUUGUAUUAUUUUGUUAUUGCUUUGGGAUUGUUCGCGUGACUAUUGGGAUCUGGCAUUCCACUGUUGCAGAGAAUUCUGUGUACCACUGUAUGGAAUAGUAAUGAUAAUCUUAUCAGUCCUUUGUUGCGCGUACCAGCCAGUGCUGGUUAACUGACGUGCAACCGUCGAGUCUCAUGCUGCCUUUGAAUUUUUUUUGAGUUUUCUACUGUGGGAUGAGCUGUCGAUUAUGCGGGUGAAUCGUUGAGUAAUGUUGAUGGUUGUAACAGUAUUAUAAUUUGUAGGUAAUAUAGAAUUGUUAUGCUACGGUAACAAUAAAUCGAUGCAGUGAUCGCUCUGCAGUGUGCACGUGAAGUGUAUGGUGUUUUGAUUGUACUAUAUAUUUCAUUUGUCGGAGUAAGUUUGUUUUAUUUGAGAGAGACAGAUUCAAGGAUAUCUAGAAGUGAUAGGAUUAUGUAACAUUUCACACAUCCUUGUGUCGUGUUCGGUGUUCCAUUGAUAGAAGUCAAGUUGGCGGCAUGAACCGGCCGUCCAAAGCAGUGACACAGGCGAAGAAAGUGGCACCGCCGGCUGUGCCAGACGUGUUUCGGCAUUCCGGAUCCUCUUUUGGUUCCGCUGGUUACGCGAGCAGCGAGGAUAGCUGCUUCCUUGCCGGAAGCGGUCCGGGCAACACGGACGAUGGUUCCUACGGGAUGCCGUCUGGAAAGAGUCCCGGCCCGAUUUUUACUCAUCCAGGAUUCGCUUUCCCACCGGUGGUCGGGAAGUACGCCCACGCCGAGGAUCAAGGAAUCGACAUGACUCAGAGCCCCGGCAGAGACAGUCCAGGCAGUUCAGGAUCAGGUUCUGGUUCCAGGCAUUCCACAGCUUCAUUGGACUCUGGCAGAGCUUCCGGAUAUCACCUGGGUCCUAGAGGACCCGGUGCUCUCGCUUCGUCACCCAGAUGUUCAAUAAGCUCACUGGGCAGUCAUCCGGACAGACCGGCGGAUCUCGACGUCGUUCAUGCUUGGCUGACUGAACUUCAAUUCGAGGAAUACUUCCCUUUGUUUGCUUCAGCUGGUUAUGAUCUUGCUACUAUCACGCGUAUGACACCGGAGGACUUAACAGCUAUAGGAAUUAAAAAGCCGAAUCACAGAAAGCGGCUGAAGGCAGAGAUAGAUAAUUUAAACAUCGGAGACGGCUUGCCAGAACACAUCCCCGGUUCUCUGGAAGAAUGGCUCAGACUUCUACGGCUGGAGGAGUAUCUCGGCGCUCUCCAUCAACAGGGUAUGCGUUCGGUCGAGGAUGUAACGACCCUCACUUGGGAGGAUCUCGAGGACAUCGGCAUUGUGCGGCUGGGCCAUCAAAAGAAGUUACUGUUAGCUAUUAAAAGAGUCAAAGAUAUUCGCGCUGGUAAACGUAUACAGCCGCUCGAUCUUGCCCGGUUACCACCGCAUCCUGGACAGACACAGGACGUUGUUAUUCAACGGGCAGGUCCAGAUCUACCCUCCCCAGACGAGGAUUGCUCAUCGCCUGUCCUGAGGUCUUUCCAAAGGGGAGGAAGCGACACAACGUCCAGCGCCGCAUGGAGAAGUAUGUACGCCGCUCUGCCAACUGAUUACAAUAUUGUCGGGCGAACCAGUUCGCGAGGAAAGUCCCUGGAAAGCUUAGAGGACGCACCGCUCGGGUAUCCUCCGUCCCCGGCGCCUUCCACACACCCGCAACCCAUCGAAUGGCGUCAACGCAGCUUCGAAGACGGCGAUCUGACUCCCACAAACGACAACUCGAUCGUCGAAGCCGGCGGUGGAACACUUCCACGGCCGAGACAUUGCCUUGUUCGUCCCAGACCCGUAGCUAAAGUCGCCGCAACUCCAGGGCAGUUCAAAUCAUUGCCGCGGGAUUUCGACAACAAGUACCAGUUGACGUACGGACUGGAGAGCAGUCCGCAUCUGCCGAAACGCUGCCCGCCGUCGCCGCCGAGGCGCCAGAGUUCCAGAGAGAACAGUUCGUCCGUGGUCGGCGUCGGCGGAUCGGGAGUCGGCGAUGUCGUGAUAGAUUGCAGCGGACCGGUGCCGACCGCGUCCUGCGAGGAUCCCCACAUGCAUCAUCAUCAACAUCAUCACUUGCUGCAUCAUCCAUCACCGCCGCCACCCGCGCCUGCAGCGGCGCCGUCGACCCCGCCGCAGAUGAAUCGGCCGCCUUCCUCCAUGUCUCGCUCAUGGGGAAGCGUCAGCGCUAAUGUGAACGAGGAACAUGAAUUAAUAGCUUCUCUUGCUUUGCAACACCGUAAUGGCUCUGACGCCAGCUUUAAGUCAAGCUCCAGCACAGAAUCAGACUCGCUGCCUUUCGCGAACGAAAACGCCGGGACGAUAAAGCAGAGGUCCGCGCGAGCCCAGGAGUACGCGAGCAACAAUUCCAGCAACAAUAUCCAGAGCCACAUGAUCAGCCAUCAUUCCAGUAGCACCGAACCGGCGGACGUGUUGAACGACAUUGGAAAUAUGCUUGCCAACCUGACGGACGAACUUGAUGCCAUGCUCGAGGAAGAGAAACGCCAGGGCCUGAACUCGUAAUCAUCAUUGUCAUCGUGUUGUUCCCCUCGACAUUGUCUCCUUUCAGUCGCGUCGACGAACGUCACUGCUUCUGCUGCGAACGCGGCCCAUAGAAACAUAUAUAUAUAUCUCUCUCGGUACGGCGCAUAUAGUAGCUGACGAGCAAAAAGACGGUUCGCAAACGUGAGAACAGAAGAAAGGAUUGACGCGUGCGAGCUCGAGUUUCGAAUCUUUCGACAACUUUGCAACGAUUCAUUAGAAAAAAGAAAGCGCAUAACCUGACGCUGGACAAAUUCUACCAUCAGACACACACCACCACUUUCCAUUGCAUUAAUCUGCAAACACACGUUACACUACACGGAAAUCAACAUUCUGUUCUGAUUGCGUUGAAUCGGUUCCAACGCGGUGGAUCGCGCACUUCCACGUCGUUACGACGCGCGUUGAUUUCUAUCGAUGUUUUUCCAGUUUUAUUCUCUUUCUUUAUUUUAUGUUACAUAGAGCAAAGCUUAUUUUUCUAUCGACAUAUUACGAACUUUCUCAUGAAGUUUCCAGAGACUCGAAUAUUGCACAAUCUUUGUGGUUUUAUUUGUUUCAUGUACUUAUCGCUUUACGUUACUCUGUAUCUUUGUUCUCGUUUUCGUUUCCCUUUUCGGAGCUGAACGCUUUGCCAGUAUCGCGACAGACAUCUCGAGAAACUCCGUAUAAUUUUACUGAUAAAGAAUUAUUCCACGGACGAAAAAAUCUGUCUAGAUCGAAGUUAACUCUAGACGUUUAACGAAUAAGUAUGGGUAAUACUUACGCCUUAUAAAGAAUAACUAACAAGGGACAUAAGUGUAGUUUAGUUUGAUACACUAAGAGUACACUUUACACUUACACGGCACAAAGACUGAUAUUUCUCUGGAAAUUUCAUUACUAUAAAAAACAUGUAUACAUUCCAGCUAGUAUAUUUCCUUUUCCACUUCCGUCCUUUUGCUAAAACGAUAGCAUGUUAGAUUGGGACCUUCAUAAACUGUUGGACUGUUAGACAUUUUUGAGAUUAGUACGAUACAAAGGAGUCGGAUUCCAUAUACCUUUUUCUGAAACGAUGCAAUUCUUCCAGUACCGUUCAAUGGAGAAUAUAUUAUACCGAGUCGAGUUGUUUUCCGAUAAACGAAAGCAUUAUUAAUAACUUCGCCUAUAUUAUGGUACAAUUUCUAUAAGAGUGUAUGAUAGUUUAUACAAAAAUAAAAGCAGAAGAAGAAGAAGAAGAAGAAGAAGAAGAAGAAGAUAAUGAAUGAAGAAGAUGAAGAUGAAGAUGAAGAAGAUGAAUGAAGAUGAAGAAGAAGAUGGAGAAGAAAGAAUUGACAUCUUCCAUUAUUUGAAAACUUGAAAACACCGUUCUCCUCGCAACGACCGAGAAACGAGAGCAACAUAGACGUUCGACUGCCAAUUUGAAUUUUAAGAUGAUACAGUUUAAAUAUACAGAAUCAUAUGCGCUGUAUGCCAAUUAACAUUUUAUAUUUAUUAUUAUCCGUACUAAUAUAGUGAUGUAUGUAAACUCACUAUUGUUAUAUGGUGCACGUGGAAUACUUGUUAUAGUUUCCAUACACGUGAAAUCAAAGUAAUCAUAGUAGUGGAAUACUGUCGAUACAAAGUGUUCAGGUGCCCCCACCCCCACCCGCCCCUACCGUCUCCAAGAUAUGAUGCUGAUUAUGUACCGAGACCAUGUGCAUAUACAAAUCUCAAAGCAUGCAAACUUAUUAUAACAGUUUGUACAACAAUGCACGCGCGUUCGAUUAUAUAUACAUUUAUAUAUGAUGAAUUCGAUUGGACACCGAAUAUAAAUCAAUCCUUGACGUUCC